GUUAGACACCAGUCUCUAUCAACUAGCUGAACGCCCAAGCACACACAUUCAUUCAUUGUUUCUUCCUACGUUUCGCAAUUCAAUUUGGUGAGUAAACGAUUCAUCACUCUCAUUACUACACACAAUGUUUCAUUUUCUCAUUCCUAGAUUCAUUCAUCAUAAGACACUUUUAUGUCGCAAUGUUUUUUCUCGUUUAUUCAAUUUUCGUUCUUUCUCCGUUUCCAGUAAUCACAUAUCUGACAACCUUACAUUGUCAAACCUCGUUAACUCAUGUAACUUGUCCCCCGAAACUUCCCUUAAACUCUCCGAAAGGUUGAAACAAGUAAAAAACCCUAACGGCCCAAAUGCUGUCAUUCAACUCUUCAGAAGCUAUGGCUUCUCCGAUUCCCAUAUAUCAAAGCUUGUCAAGAAACGCCCUUUUCUGCUUUUAUCACAUCCUGAAAACACCCUUUUGCCAAAGCUUCAAUUUUUGCAAUCCAUUGGGGUUUCACCCACUGAUUUCCCCAAAAUCCUACUUGGGAACACUUCCUUUUUGUCAGCAAACUUGGAGAAAAACCUAAUACCUCGAUACGAAAUUGUUCGAAGCCUAGUUCGUGACGAUAAAGAGGUGGUUUCAGCUUUGAAACAUGGAUCAUGGGUUUUUUACAAUGAUUCCAUGGUUAAUGAUUCUGUUCCAAACAUUGAGGUUUUGAGGAAACUCGGUGUGCCGCAACGUUUUAUAUCCCUUUUGGUUUGUUAUUUUCCUAGUGUUGCAUUUCACAAGCAUUCCAUAUUUGUUGAGGCUGUUAAUUCAGUCGUCGAAAUGGAGUUCAAUCCUUUGCAGCUUAAUUUUGUUUUGGCUCUUCGAGUUAUUGUAAGUAUGGAUAAAGAAAACUGGGAAUCGAAGUUUAAGAUUUACGCGAAGUGGGGCUGGUCGAGAGAAGUCUGUCUUUUGGCCUUCCGGAAACGGCCUCAGUGUAUAUUGAUGUCGGAAAAAGGUAUUAAUAAAACAAUGAACUUCUUGGUGAAGGACGCAGGUCUUACACCCGGAGACAUUGCUAAAUUCCCGGUGAUUCUGUCCCGCAACUUGGAGAAGGUGCUUGUCCCUAGAUUCGCAGUAGUUAAGAUUUUGAAAUCAAAGGGUUUGAAAAAGAGGGGUUUGUCCUUAGGCAGCUUUACUUUGAUAAGUGAGAAAAAGUUUCUUGAGAAAUAUGUGACCCCGUUUCAGAAAGAUUUGCCAUUGUUAUUGGAUGCGUAUAAGGAUGCAUAUAAAUCUCAUAAGACAGAUUAAGAUAUUUAUUAGUUGUACUUGAUAGGAGAAGUUGAUUAAGAUUCACCUCAUUUCGGCUUGUGCGGCAACAUUCUUGAAUUGUAAACUAAGUUUCACAUCUUUUGUGGGGGACUGUCUUGAAUUGUUUCAGCAUUCUCUAAUGUAAUGUGAUACAAAUUUCCAUAUACUAGCCCCUCAAGUGCAUUUUUUCUUCCUUUUGUAAGAGCCAACGUUUGAACUUCCUAUGAUACUCAAUUUGUAUCAGUUGUUCGAUUGUGUCCUGUUACCAACUGAAUUUGUUGAUGUGCAGCAAAGGUGAGUGUUUUCUCAUCCCUUUUCAUAUUUAUUUGAUAAAAACAGGUUCAUUAAGGUUUCUGUUAUUUUAAUAUCAUUAAGGUUCAUUAAGGAUUCUUAUAUAUGUAAGAAAAUUGGUAGAAUAAUUAAGUCGUAGUGUCAAUUAUUGGCGCAUAGUUUUGAAAUGAUGAAUACUUCAUAGUGGCUCUAGGCAAGGCAGCAUUGUCAAAAUGUUUGUAUAUAACUUCAAAGUGUAUAUAACUUCAAAGUUCAAAGCCUUCAAUCAAGAUGGAGUGAGAGCUUCAUGUGGCUGAAGAAGAAUUCUGCAGUUCUGAAGCCUAUCAGCAGCAUCCUUUCCUUAGUUCCAUGCUCAAAUUUGUUUUCUACUUUUUGAAUGUGUUGUAGUCAGGGGAUGUGUUGCAGAUUGGGUCUUUGAGUCAGAUUUACUUAGUUUUGGCCUUUGAUACUAUUUUCGAAUGGCUAUUUGAGAUAGAUUUAUAGUUUUGGCCUUUGUUUCAGUUGUAGUAGUUGUCUGAGAAGAAGUUCUAGACUAUGUUUGGCCAUGUGUGGCAGGUUGUGUCCUUAACAGGCUGUGAACCAGUUCUAGCUUGGGCCUCUUUUUGUGUCCCAGUUUCAGCUUGUGCUUGGCUUCUAGUUUGAGUAACACACGCUUCUUUGCAAAAUGGUUUUUUUUUUUCACGUGGGAAAAUGAGUUGAAUGUGGGAGACAUGAUUAACAUGAGAGAGCUAGAUUUUUUAUUAGUCUUAUUCAACAGUCAACAUCCAUUGGUAAUUGUUGCAUCAUAAAGAGAAGGAAAUUAAUAUAAGGAUUUAAUGGAAAUACACUGACAGUGUAAAGCAGUUUUAGACACUGUUAGUGAAAUUCAAACCGUUAAUUUUUGUAAGCGUUUGACUUUUUCUUUAAAUCAC